AUGGGGCAGCGCAGGACGGGCGGGAGGGAGGGAGGGAGGGAGGGAGAAGAGGCGCCCGGGGCGCGCGAGGGGCGCGCGAGGGGCGCCCGGCCCCCGGAGGGGGGGCGGGGGGGCGGCAGCGGCGGGAGGGGACUCGUCGCUGCCCGACGGGACGCGCAGCGGCGGAGUCCCCAGGGGAGGAGGCGGCGGCACCGGGGCCAGCGCGCCCCAAAGGCUGCGGGGCGGGGGAGGGCUCCGGUGGAGGCGAGCCCCGGCGGCGGUACCGGGCGCCCGCGCCUCCCCGGUCUCGUCCCCCUCGCGGAAACUCCCGUCCCGCGGGCUAGCUGGGGAAUCCCCUCCUUCCCGCGUGUGAGUGAGCGGGUCCCCACGCCCCGAGCAACUCCCGGCUUCCGCGGGAGGGUAACGAUAGUUACCCUUCGGGCCGGUAACGCCCACAACUUCAGCGCCCGGCGGGUGAGGCAGGCCGACCGCCCGGACACACAGCAACGGCACGCCCGGCAGCAAACGUCGAGCAACGCCUCGGGGAGCGCCGUACAUAAGGACCCCCCAGUAUUCAUUUCUCAUCUUGGCAGUUUGAUAAGCUGUGGAAGCACUACCAUCCCCGUGUCACCGAUGGGAAGGACAUACGCUUCUGUGCGCAGCACACGUCUGGAGCAUGACUUCAGUGGCAGAAACUCAGGGAAGAUAUCACUGAUAUUUCUAAGUAACUUCUAACUUCACACCCUUCUUCUAAUCUUCUGCUUCUGUUUUCAGGAAGUCACCAUUACGCGUGAUGGAGCCCGGCUUUCCUGGAGAUGGCUGAACACCUGCCUGCCCAUGGGAAGGAGUGAAUGAAUUCCUUGUUUUGCUUUGCUUCCGCGCGCAGCUUUUUCUUUACUUAUUAAACUGUCUUUAUCUCAA